UUUUGACCUACUUUCUAUUUUUGGAAGUUAUAAUUUUCGACAUUUAUAGGCAGAGCCUGGUUAUAUGCGGAUUGAACAAUCAGAACAAUGACAAUAUAAUAAAGCAAACUUGCUGAAACAAGCAGAAUGUCCGCGACUGACUCGGGGCCCCAGAGCUGUCCCCUUGAUACUCUAGACUCUGUUUGGAGAUGGUCAGGGAACAAGUAUAAACAUGAGAUCUCGCAAGUUCCGAUAGCACCAAGAUAUCGAAAUAGACACGGCAAUAAACUCUUACUAUGUCAUGAUCUCAAGAAUGGCUAUUUGGAAGAUAGAUUUAGCCAAGGUUCAUCCCAAGAUGAAGCCUACAGGUUCUACCAUUGGCAGUAUGCAGACUCGUUUGUCUACUUCUCCCACAAACUAGUGACUAUCCCACCCUCAUGUUGGACUAAUGCGGCACAUAGAAAUGGAGUCAAGGUCUUAGGGACAUUCAUUACAGAGUGGGAUGAAGGUGCUGCCAUUUGUAGUGAGUUAUUUGAAUCAAGGAGCAAGUACAGGAAGUUUGCUGACAUCUUGGUUGCUAUAGCAACAUUUUUCAACUUUGAAGGUUGGCUCAUCAACAUAGAGAAUGAGAUUCAGGAGAAACAUAUUGAAGGUAUGCGGCACUUUGUUCAGUAUCUCACUACUGCCAUGCACCAACAGAUACCUGGCUCUGAAGUCAUCUGGUAUGACAGUGUCACUAAUAAAGGUGCCCUUGAGUGGCAGAAUGAGUUAAAUGAUAACAACAGUCUGUUCUUUGAUGCAUGCGAUGGUAUCUUUCUUAACUAUACAUGGAAGCAGGAGAACUUGGUCCAAUCUGCUGAGAAUGCUAUUCUAAAACAGCGCAAGAAUGAUGUAUAUGUCGGUGUAGAUGUUUUCGGUCGAGGAUGUCCAGGGGGUGGAGGAUAUAACACAAUUGAGGCAUUACAAGCUGCGAGACAACAUGGUCUGUCUGUGGCAAUGUUUGCUCAUGCAUGGACAUAUGAGAUACUUGGAUCAGAGAACUUUACUGACAAUGAAAAUAAAUUUUGGGAGAUGUUGAAUGGCAUGUUGUUCAUCCAUGGAUCUUCACAGCUACCACUAGUGACAUCUUUCUGUCAGGGUCAGGGCAAAAAGUUUAGAAUCAAUGGAGAGGUUGUUAAAAAUUCUCCUUGGACUAACCUAUCUCUUCAAAACUAUCAACCAAACUUCACAAAUGCUCAGUUUCUGACUUCGCCUCCUCUUGCCACUCAACCUAAGAUGGUCUACACGACUGAGGAUGCCUGGUUUGGCGGCGGAUGCUUGCAACUCACUGGCAAAACUGUAUCGCAGGGGAAUCAAGUGCAAUUUAAGAUAUUUACUCCAAAAAUUACAAUAGACACAGCAAAGUGUUUAGAAGUCACAUACACCUACAAGACAGCCUGUCCUCAGGUGAACAUUGGCCUUGAGCUCCAUUUCCUCGUAGGAAAUGAAAGGAAAAAUUAUAUUCUUGGCGACUUGGAAAAACUGGAUAAAAGCAAUAAACAAGUGAAGUCACUAAAAAUGGGUGAUGAAUCCCAAAAGGAUACAACACUAAUCGAAUCUCAUCCAGAGGCUGCUGAUGAAUCUAAAGAUAAAGAUGGUUCUCUCGAAAAACCAGAAAAAACAAGGAAUAAUUUUACUGUGAAAAGCAAAGCAGACACUGCUGAUGUUAUUGAUGAGCCAAAUGAGGCAGUGGUAGCAGGGGAAGAUGUUGAGGAGGGAGAAGAUGGAAGCAUAGUUGGCAAGAAGAUAUCAAGAGCAGCUGUUGAGUAUAAGAAAUACAACGACACUGACAUUCAGCAUGGCUGGACAGUCAGGUCCUUCAAGCUGGCUUUUGAUGAGAAUUAUUCUAGUCUCUUAAAUCUUGUGUCUUUGAGGUGCACUAGAGAUGUCAAUGACAAUCUGGAGUGUCUUGAUCCUGACUUCAGUAUCCUUUUAGGAUACAUUAAGAUUGCCGAGAGUUGUGAUAAUUCUGUCUCCCAAUCACCGUGUGCGGUGUCUGGUUUACGCAGCACUGGUGCCGAGUUACAAAACACGAACGGCAUUGUGACAUUUACAACUAUCUUGAAAUGGAAGUGCCAAAUUGUCCCUUUCUGCUUUAAUAUAUACAUGAAGGUCAUUAGAAAGGAGACUGAAUCUCAGAUAAAGCACUUGAUAGGUCAGGCUACUCUGAAUAGAUUUCAUGUAAAGCUUCAACUCUCUGACAGUGGAGAGCCUAUCCUCGAAGGAACUCUUCCCAAUAAAUUAGAUGCUGAAAGGACAGUUGUAUCCGAGUCAGAUUUGGACAAUAAAAAUAGCAUGGAUGAUGUUAGAGAUACAUGUACUCAUUCUGAUGAUAAAUCCACGGCUCAAACUGCAGACAGUCUGAAUUGGGAGUAUGAUAUUGAACUGUCUGUGGAGCCAGUUCUGCAGCCAGGGUACAUUUUGGUACCCUGUGCCUUUGCUAAAAUUACAAUGAGGCUGAUCAAGUCUAGUGAUUUUUAUAUGGUCAUGCCCAUCAAUAUCUAGUCAUUGUGUACUUAUUGUGUUUAUUUAAAAAAUAUGUAAUCAUAUGAUAUAAAGUGA